GCUGCCGCGCUGGCUACAAGAGAGUGACUCUGCCCGGGUUGCUUCUUGUGGUAGCGAUGGCCUCGUUCGUGACGGAAGUCCUGGCACACUCGGGGAGGCUGGAAAAGGAGGAUCUGUGCACUCGGAUCAGCCGCCUGACCCAGCGGGUGGAGGAGAUUAAGGGCGAGGUAUGCAGUAUGAUCAGCAAGAAGUACAGUGAAUUCCUGCCUAGCAUGCAAAGUGCACAGGACCUGGUUACCCAAGUGGAUAAGCUAUCUGAUGACAUUGACCUGCUGAAAUCCAGGAUAGAGAGUGAGGUCCGCCGGGAUCUUCACGUAUCAACUGCUGAAUUUACAGACUUGAAGCAACAGUUGGAAAGAGACUCGGUAGUCCUAAGUUUACUUAGACAGCUACACGAGUUUUCUACUGCUAUUGAGGAAUAUAAUUGUGCAUUGGCAGAGAAGAAGUAUGUUACUGCUGCUCAGCGUCUAGAAGAGGCACAGAUAUGCUUGAAGUUAUUAAAAUCCAGAAAAUGCUUUGAUUUAAAAAUACUGAAAUCUCUCAGCAUGGAGCUUACAAUACAGAAACAGAACAUACUUUAUCACCUUGGAGAAGAGUGGCAGAAGCUGAUUGUAUGGAAGUUCCCACCAUCAAAAGAUACCAGCAACUUGGAAUCUUGCCUACAAACAGAACUUCAUUUAUGCGCUGAACCAUCUCAGAAAGAAGAGAAGACCCCCGUGCCACCCAUCAGUUCUGUCCUCUUGGCAUUUUCUCUUCUUGGGGAGCUACAUACCAAGCUUAAGUCAUUUGGUCAGAUGCUGCUGAAGUAUAUCCUUAGGCCUCUGGCAUCUUGCCCAUCCCUUUUUGCUGUGAUAGAAAGCCAACCUAACAUCAUUAUCAUUCGUUUUGAAUCUGUGAUGACUGGCUUGGAACAUCCAUCACCAUCUGAAGUUUUUGCCAAGAUCAGACUGGUACUGGAAGUGGUCCAGAAACAACUUCUAGAUUCGCCUCUUGUUGCUGAUGUAGAAAAUGAGAAAACAUGCAAGAUCGUAUUGGCUGAGAUGCUUGGUGACAUGAUCUGGGAGGAUUUGUCCGAGUGCCUCAUUAAAAAUUGUUUGGUUUAUUCUAUCCCAACAAAUAGCAGCAAGUUACAGCAGUAUGAGGAGAUCAUACAGUCCACUGAAGAAUUUGAAAAUGCCUUAAAGGAGAUGAGGUUUCUAAAAGGAAAUACUACAGAUUUGCUGAAAUAUGCCCGUAACAUCAAUUCUCAUUUUGCUAACAAGAAGUGUCAGGAUGUGAUUGUGGCAGCUAGAAACCUAAUGACCUCUGAAAUUCACAACACUGUGAAGAUCACUCCUGCUUCUAAGAUAAGCGUGCCAGAUUUACCUAGUCCUGCUGAGGGUGACAAACUACAAGUACAGAAAGUGUCCACAACUCAGUACAACGAAGUGAUGAAUUUAGAGCCUGAAAAUACGUUGGACCAACAUUCCUUUUCUUUGCCCACAUGCCGCAUCAGUGAAUCUGUGAAGAAAUUAAUGGAACUCGCCUAUCAGACUUUACUGGAGGCAACAACUAGCAGUGAUCAAUGUGCUGUUCAACUUUUCUACUCAGUGAGGAAUAUCUUCCAUUUGUUCCAUGAUGUUGUACCAACAUAUCACAAGGAGAACCUUCAAAAACUGCCCCAGUUGGCUGCCAUUCACCUCAACAACUGUAUGUAUAUCGCUCACCACUUGCUGACCCUCGGGCAUCAGUUCAGAUUGCGUCUUGCCCCCAUUCUGUGUGAUGGCACUACUACUUUUGUGGAUCUUGUACCUGGCUUCAGGAGACUUGGGACAGAGUGUUUUUUGGCCCAAAUGCGGGCACAGAAAGGAGAACUUCUGGAAAGAUUAUCAAGUGCUAGAAACUUUUCAAACAUGGACGAUGAGGACAAUUACUCUGCAGCAAGUAAAGCAGUCCGACAGGUACUGCACCAACUAAAGAGACUUGGAAUUGUGUGGCAGGAUGUCCUGCCAGUGAACAUAUAUUGCAAGGCUAUGGGGACUUUACUCAGUACAACAAUUUCUGAGAUCAUUGGCAGAAUCACUGCCCUAGAGGACAUCUCUACUGAAGAUGGUGAUAGAUUGUAUUCCUUAUGCAAAACAGUGAUGGAUGAAGGACCUCAAGUAUUUGCACCUCUGUCUGAAGAAAACAAGAACAAGAAGUAUCAAGAAGAGGUUCCGGUCUACGUGCCAAAAUGGAUGCCAUUCAAAGAAUUGAUGAUAAUGUUACAAGCCAGCCUGCAAGAAAUUGGGGAUCGGUGGGCAGAUGGAAAAGGGCCCUUGGCAGCUGCGUUCUCUUCCAGCGAAGUAAAAGCUUUAAUUCGUGCCUUGUUCCAGAACACAGAAAGAAGAGCAGCUGCCCUUGCCAAGAUUAAAUAGCUCCAUCUUCCUGAGAAAGCCAUUUCUUGAGCAGGUGGAUUCCUUUCUUGGCGUAAUUAGUCUUUAAAGACUUCUUGGAAUCACCCGUUGGUUUUGGUGAACUGAUAUAUCAUGGAAGUUUGAUUUCACCUAAGAACGCCUUACCUCCUGGCCUGUAUGAGGCUUUGUUGAAGAACUGGUUGUUAGGAUCAGAUGUCAAAUGAAGCACCUCAAUUUGUUGACUUUUUAGCCACCCUCCCUUAAUAAGAAACUGUAGGGUGACAUUGUUUCAUGUUGCUUCCAGGGCCCUCUGGGAACUGUGUCCAUUGAAAAUAUAAGCCCUGGCCUUGGAUCAAGGAAUCCAGGUCAUUCCAAGAGUCAGGAUAAAGAAUUUGUGAGAGAUGGGAGAUAUAUUUUGGAGGGCAAGGGAACCAUAAAUUGGUCUUGCAGGAAUUAGGAAGACUUCCUUCAAUAUUUCUUUCCAAUAAAUAAUGCUUUUCAGA